AUGCCUGAAUUGGAGUCUCUGAUAGCCGGCGUAGACAGCCUGGAGCCCAUGUUAGAAACCAUCCGACAAAGAAUGCAAAUCUCUAAGGAAAGGACGGGAUCCGUUGUGGACACCGUCUCAAAAGUCAUACAAAGAAGGCUGGAAGUCAAUUUAGCCUGCAGCCGGUUGGAGUAUGGAGACACAGGGCGUAGUCUGGAGGGCAAUGCUGUGGCGCCUGUUGCUCUGAACAGUCACGGAGACCAACAGAAUUCUGCCACUGCUUCGGAUGUGCAGAACGUCGCUACCAGUGAUUGUAUCGGGAAGCAACGGUUCCCAAAGCAACACCAACCUAAAAUGGCAUCAGCACAGAGAGGGGACGGAGCGAGGAAGAAGAAUGUGGUGAUACAGUUUGAGCAAAUUAAGAAAGGCGGCGAAGACCGGCAACAGAGACUUAAGAAAACGAAAGAAGAGAAACAAGUUUUCAAAAUUAGAAGUAAGGGAAACCCACAUUUGGAGUUUGGGGCUAUGAUAAAUGAGUAUCGUAAGAGUAUUGAGUUCCAUCCCUUGCGAGAGUCAGACCCCGUGAAGGAUUAUCAGAUCGCAGUUUGCAUCAGGAAGAGGCCGAUGAACAAGAAAGAGUUAAACAGGGAAGAACCUGAUGUGAUCUCGGUGCCCUGUAAAGACGAGAUUGUCGUUCAUGAGCCCAAAGUCAAAGUGGACCUCACAAAAUUCUUAGAGAACCAACGGUUCAGAUUUGACUACGCUUUUGACGAGAAUUGUUCCAACGAAUUGGUUUACAAGUACACAGCAAAGCCUCUAGUCCGAACAAUCUUCGAAAGAGGAAUGGCGACAUGUUUUGCGUAUGGACAGACAGGAAGUGGCAAGACCUAUACAAUGGGCGGUGACUUCCAGGGCAAGACACAAGACUACAAGAAAGGAAUCUACGCCAUGGCUGCCGAGGAUAUCUUUAAAUACCUGAAGUCAUCUGAGUACAAAGACCUGAAUCUGAGAGUAUCUGCAAGCUACUUUGAGAUCUACAACAGCGAUGUUUUCGAUCUCUUAGCGAAUAAAGUCAAACUGCGUAUCCUUGAAGAUGGUGAUCAUCAAGUAAACAUUGUGGGGUUGACAGAUAUACUCGUUAAAUCAGUGGAUGAGGUCAUUGAGCUCAUAAAGCUUGGUAACAUUUCAAGAGCUUCAGGGAAGACAUCGGCAAACUCCAAUUCUUCGCGGUCUCAUGCAGUGUUCCAGAUGUCCCUGUGGGCACCUGACAGCAACCGCGUUCAUGGCACGUUCUCAUUGAUUGAUUUAGCGGGUAACGAGAGGGGAGCAGAUAGGACUUCUGCGAAUAAGCAGACAACACUGGAAGGUGCGGCAAUUAAUAAGUCACUUCUGGUUUUAAAGGAGUGUAUCAGGGCUUUGGGCAAGAAAGGUAGUCAUAUCCCAUUUCGAGGCAGCAAGAUCACUCAAGUUCUCCGAGACUCCUUCAUCGGGGAGAGAUCCAAAACAUGUAUGAUAGGAAUGAUUAGCCCAGGUAUGUUUUCGUGUGAACACACCCUAAACACAUUGCGAUAUGCGGAUCGAGUGAAGGAACACAGACUGAUAUACAAGGAACAAAGAAAAUGGUAGAAACCGAAAGACGUCAACUCAGAACUCAUUGCAGAAGUAGAAGA